UAACGUUAGCUACGUAGCGGGCGCGUGGGAGUUUCCGUAUUUGAGCAACAGUGAUGUAGCGCUCUGUUGUCAGUGUCCUCCUGUCCUGUCUGUCUGCCUCACUGCUCCUAGGAUGGACUCCUCCACCUUCCUCUACGAUGUUCCUCCGCGUGUCGUCGAAAGAUUCUGUAACAUUAUGGACAGUGGAGACGACAGGUUCGGGUGGCGUGGACUGGCUGUCCGAGUUGUCCCAAGCAUGUUAGAAGUCCGCAUGUUGGAGCGCGUGGAGGCGGCAGGUCGGAGUCCCACCAGGGAGCUGCUGUGGUCCUGGGCUCAAGAGAAUUCAAGAGUGCAGGACCUACUUAAGGUGCUGCAAGACAUGGGGCACCUCAGGGCCCUGCAGCUCUUCCAGGUUCAAGCCCAAGAGUUACCUGUGCCCCCCAGGAAUCAUCAUGCAGAGACCACAGAGAAGGAAACAGCAGCUGAAGAGACGGAAUCAUUCCAUCGGGUCAGUCCACCAUGUUCCAAUCCAGGUUGGUCGGAAAAUCAGCCAAUCACUUUCCAAGACAUCCUAGAAGGAACCAGAGAUUUUCAUCAUGAAACGAGAAUUGCAGAAGGCCACUUUACUGAUGUCUACAGAGCACAGAUUGGAAAUAAAAUCAUUGCAGUGAAGCUUUUUAAACAGACUAAUUCAGCAUCAUGGAGAGAGCUGUGGAACGUCUUUACAAAAGAAAUGGAAAUCCAUAAUUUGUACCAACAUCCAAACAUCUUAGACCUGUUGUGUUGUUUUUCUGAAGAGGACCGCUACUGUCUGGUGUAUCCUUACCUCCGAAAUGGAUCUCUUUUCCACAGACUACACCAGCAGGAAGGAGAGCCCCCUCUGUCCUGGCAACAGCGUCUCACCAUCAUUAAAGGAACUGCAAAGGCCUUGCAUUACCUCAAUACAGCCCAGCCCUGCCCCGUUAUCUGUGGCAAUAUCUCCAGUGCUAACAUACUACUGGAUGAGGCCCUGCAGCCCAAGCUGUCUAAUUUUGGCUUGGCUCGUCUCCGUCCUCAUUCAGCCAAACAGCAGUGUACUAUCACCCUGGACACGAGGGCCCACAGCAACCUGGGAUACCUCCCUGAGGAGUACAUCCGAGAUGGAAAGCUGUCCUUUAGCCUGGAUGUUUAUAGCUUUGGAAUGGUUAUAAUGGAAACAGUAACAGGGCGGAAGGUGAGAGAGGACAUACCUAAACAAACACCUCUGAGAGAACAGCUUGUAGCUGAGGUGGAGGACAGCGGUGGGGUGGACUCUUGUCUGCAGUUUCUGGAUGAGGCUGCUGGUCGCUGGCCGACUGCCUUGGCCCUCCAACUUCUACGUUUGGCUUUGGACUGCACUGCCAGCCGCCGCAGCAGACCAAGCAUGGAGAAUGUACUUGUGGCAUUGAGCAAGCUGCUUCCUCCACCUAGCUGCCCCCCUGCCGACCAACCCCACAGCCUGGAUGCUGGAGAGCCUAUUAAUGCCCAGCUGAGCCUCCCACCCUCCAUACCUGUAGAGCAUGAUGAAGAGAACAGCCCCGGCAGCUCUCCAACACACGGAGGGCCCUGUGAAUACAGCCAGUCGGAGGUGACAUAUCUGAGUGACGUAGUCGGUGCUUAUGGAGAAGCAGCAGCAGACCUGUACAACAGUUGGCCUGUCCAGUGCAGCUGCCCUGCUGAGACAGGUGAUCUGGCCUGUGAGGACUGCAGGGCCAAUGGCUUCACCCCAGAACCCACAGACAGUCACCAGGCUGACUCCAUUGUGGAAAACGCAGCCAAGGUGAGACUGAGGGACAAACUGAGUCUUUAUAACGAUGGACAAAUUCACACAGAGGAACUGUUCUCUGAGACUGGCCUGCAGUAGAGAGCACACUCUAACUGGCACUUACAGUCCUGACAGCACUUCAUUCUGAAUUUUUCACACUACUGGUAAAGCCAACUUGGAGAGACAAGGUGAUCAGGCCCAGCCAAGUCAAGUUUAAGAACAGCAUCAUCAUCCUUCACAGCAAAGAAGACCGGAAAAACAAAUGUGCUGUGUCUGCAGUCACAGAGUGGAACAAAUGAGUAAUGGGUAAAACAGACAUAACCACAAUCAUGAACAAACCAAGAGAAUGUUUGGCAUCAUGUUGUCUGAAGAAAUGAAAUGUACUGUUUGUCGGUUCAAGUCCAGUUUGAGUAAUGUGGAGGUGCGUGUGAGAUACGACAUGGACUUUAACUGUAUGAAAUACAGUGUAACAGUGUACAGGUGCAAGAGAAUCAGCUUCUUUUUUUACUAAAUGAUUUGUUUUGGAUUUUUUUUUGGUUCUGUUUCAUGUCUUCAUCUGUUUUUUAUGACUCAGUUUAACUCAGAGUAAAGUAAAUAUUUUAAAUAUAUACAU